UGUUUAAAUCGUUGAAAUGUCAAUAGUCAAAGAUGAAGCCGACAAUCAAGAGCAUCGAUUAGAGGAACCAUUAUCAGCAUCUUCAAGAAGUCAGGAAUCAAUUCAAUUUAAAUUUCAAUUGCCUCAAAAUGCAUCAAGCAAUCGCGAAAUUGCUGAUAAUGAAAUUUCAAAUAUUCAACAACUGUUGCAACAACAAAAAAAUGAUUCAAAAUGGUCGGUAAAGACUACUGAUGAUAAAAAGAAUGUCAAUAUUUUCAUACUUCCUGAUAGUGAUUUUCAAAUGACCUUAAGAUUUCUCAAAGAUGAUACGGAUGAUAAAUCGCAAAAAUGUCCAGUUUGUAAUUCAAAUAUUUUCCUUUCGAAAUUUAAAAACUCAGAUAGACUAGAUACCAAAUCGAAAGAAGCUAUUAAUUCUGAUUCGUUUUCUAAGUUUUUGAACAAAAAGAAGAAGAAACAGAAUAUGAUGAGGAUGAUGAUGAUCGAUCGGAAUCCAACCAAAAAUCAUCAAACAAGAGUGGAAACAAGCGAACACGAAAAACAAAAUCAAAAAAACGAAAAUCUUCAAAAACCACAAGACGACGUAGUCGUUCAUCUAUUUCUAAAUUAAAAUCUCGAUAAUCACACAAUUCUAAAACCUGACACUUCAUUGUCGUUGAUAGAGAUAAAAUAAAUAAUGAAAAGACCUCAUCAGAGAAAUUUACAUUAAAAAUUGAAAUUC